AGCUUAAGAUUAACGAUAGCGGAGGUCGUGCGCGAAUCGUUCCAGUUUUCAUUCCCCCGAGAGCAGCUCUCGAAAAUGUCGACGAUCCUGUUGCAGUGCGUUGGAAAUUGCUUCCACAGAAGGAGAAUGCGCACAGGUAUGCACUGCCUAGGCGCGGUGACAGGAGGCAUUCCCAGCCCAAAUGGGGUUGGCGGUCGGGGUGGCAUUCUUAGCAUGUUCCGAGCCCUUGGAGUCCUGGUGUGCGAGGGGAGGAUUCAGGGCCCUCCACGUGGUUACAAAGAGGGCCCGCAUUGUGCAGCUCCUACGCAGACGGUGCCGAACGACCAUGUGUGCGAGGAAGAUAAUUACCUGUGCGAUCGAUAUCUUGUGCUGGUCCGAGAGAUCGCGGACCGUGUUGCAAUCGGCUCGUUCCUGUGCAUCGAGGUAGUGUUGUGCAGCAACUGUCCAUGCGGUUUGGCGAAAUGUACGAACAAGAAUCCGAUCUGCACCGUGCCGUCCUUAUCAAUUUCACCGUGGCAACAAGCGUCGGAAAUGCUGCUGGAGUAUUGGUGUGUUUGCGUCGUUCCUAGCAAGAGUCCGGAGACCAUGAACUUCUAUGGAUUGUAUCAGGCAGUUCGUUCGCGACUUCACUUCAGCCAAGUCGCCGCUUGGUGGUCGAGGAGCAACGGUACCGAUCCCAGUUACAUCGUGACGAGAAUGGUGCCCUACAACGAAGACAAUCUGAGAAAGUUUCGCGAGACCCCUGUCGAGCACACGUUCCCUUUGGCCGGCAACAGUGAUGGAAACUCGAUAAAAGUCACCGUGUGGGCACUGCCGAGGAUGGAGGAGGUGCCAGUUCUCACCUGCCCAUUGCACCCGAUCAAAGAGAAAGACGAGGAGGGUGUCGCGAGGGCUUUGACACCCACCAAGGCUAUCCCGGUUCCCAGCGCUGCGCAAAAUAACGAAGGCCUUGUUUUGCCUGCUUUAGUGGACGACAGACUGCAAACGCCUUGCAACAAGCCUGGAAAACAUCAUUGCCCGUGCGAGGAGGAGGACAUUCCACCACCAUCACCGGUGAUCUCGAGGCAAAACCGCGAGAGGAAACGUCGCCGAUCGCUUCCCUGCGGCCCUACGGAUACGAACAACUGCGUGACGAUUCAACCGAUAGGUCUGCCCUCGGUGCAGGAGACUGUCGUGACGCAAGAAAAGAAAGAUGUUCAAAGUUCGAGUUAUCCGAAAUACCCGUCCGAGAUCGUGAACAAUCGUAGCGUCAAGUCUGUGCAGAAUCAAAACUGCAAGCUCGAGGAGAACGCCAUCAGAAAUCGGAAGAAUUUGAACGCUGACAAUCUGGAGCGGUGUUUCAAGGCUCAGUUGAACAUCGACGGGCGGGAAGGGAACGUGGAGAAGCGGUACAAGCGAACGAUCGAAGAUCCUCCUGAGUUGAGAUCGUCCACGAAUUGCAAGGAGAAACAGUGCAAUUUGGAGAAGAAGCACAAGGAGGCGGAGAAGUCGACGGAGAAAAAUGGAAUAUUCGAGAAUUUGAUACCGUUCAAUCCCUCGUUGCCAUGGUCUUUCGUCGAAUCUUGGAAUAACAGUAACGCGAACGGGAAGUGCGCUUUUCAGAGCUUGCGUGCAAACAAGGAAAGUUAUUUCAACGAUUCCGAGAGGAUCAACAAACCGGCAGUCAGCAAGGAUUCGAGUCUCGUGAUCAAUCCGUUCAGGCAACCUAGUCCGUUCCACGAAUCAAAUCGGCCUUCGACGAAUAACCGACUCAAGCAAGACUCCUUGAACUCCUCUUGCAUGGUGCAUCAAAGCUGCGUGAAAUCGUCCAACAAAUUAUCGAAUUCCGAAUCGAAUCCCGGACUCGAAGCUGUUGUGGAGGAAGUCAACAACAGGGGGAGGUCUGGCAAGGAUUUGAGCCAGUUGAUAUCGAAACUCUCGUUCCCCGAGGAUAAGGAGAAGUCGAAGGAGGAAGGCGGUUUCUUGGAUUGGUUCAGCAAAGUUCCUGGACGGGUCCUCGGGGUGGCGCCGGCCAGUGGCUUCGUGGAGAACAAGGUGAAAGCGACGAAUUUGAAGAGCCAGGAGCAGCAACAGCAGAACGAGGUGAGAUUUAAAAAUUGCAACUUGGAGUUGAGCCAGCAGGAGUUCGACGAGGUUCUGGCCGUUUUGAGGGCUCGCACGCCAUCCGAGCGCAAGAGGACGGGUAUCAGGACGAUUAAGAAACGGGAGAAGUUGGAGAGAUCCGUGGAAGAUGGAUCGGAGAAAUCGAUAGGGAAAUACGGGAACUUGGAAAGCAUCGAGUGUUCGGCGAACAACAUAGUGAACCGCGCCAAGCCCUGCGAAGGUUGUAACCACAAGUUGUGCAGGAAAAAUGACCAACAAGCUUUAGAGAAGACCAAUUUCGUUGAGAUUUAUGGCAAUAAGAAUAUUUAUAACCCUCGCGAGAAACGCGAGAAACUCGAGAGCGACGAGUCGAACGAGGAUCUGCAGGCGAUGAUCAAAUGCAAUAAUUCCGAGAAACGGUCGAACGACGGAACGAUGGAUUGUUUGCAAAACGUCGUGUCGAACAAAGCGGACAUAUUAUUGGGAGCAAUUUUACGAACCAGCAAAGACCGAGGGAGCAGUCUGUCGGAGAUUCAGAACGGGACCAAGUCGAGGUCCGUGCCGUUGCCAACGGGCAUCAGAACGGAAAGCAAUCGAAAUAGCGUAGCUUGUGAGAAGAGCUCGUCGCGCCAGGAGCAGAGAACCGCGCCGUUGGAGGACGACAAGUUCCUACCCAUGGUGUUGAACAAGAGGUUCAAUCGGUUCCGCCAACUGUUCAAAAAGGAGCAAGAGAAAAAAUCGGUUCCUGCAACGACAGAGGACAAUUCGCAAGACGCGAUACAACACUUGGCGCGUCAAGCUCGUUCGUUCUCGUACAACAACGUCCAGCCCAGCCUGCACGAUCCAAAAAAUUUGAGGGAUAGCAAGGCGAAGAGGAGGAUAGACUUCUCGAACUUUGGCGGAGAGAGAGAGGCGGAGAAGCGUGACGAUCCUUCAGAGCUUAGUACAAAUGGCGCACAUCAAAAUUCGAAUCGAAUCUAUAGUACAAAUUACAAAAAGGAGGACAGUGGCGACUACGACGAAGUCGAGAUGUCCAAAUGGCGAAAUAGACUGCAUAGUACAAACGAGGAUGACGGAGUGACGGAGCUCGAUGACGACGAGGACGGGGGCGUCGUGUCGAAACUUUGCAAGGAUUCUGUCUCGAGUGUCGGGAAGAAAAUUCGGUGCCACAAUCUCGGCAAGGACAUCAUCGCGACGGAUGACGACGAAACAAUGGACAAGGCUGUGCCAACUGCCAUCGAGCAAGAGAGAUUUCGCCGAUCCUUGGAGAACGCAGCCUCGAUGGUGUUUCACAGUAGAACAGGCUUGCCCUUGACGUCCAGUCCAGCUCCGUUGAGAAGAGGCAGUUGUUGCUUCGAUUACGAUAGCAGUCUGAAUACUGUCUCCUCGAAGAGAAGCGCUCUUUUCGAAUUGAACACUCCGCCAAGUCCGGGCGCGGUGUCUUUGGAAGAGGCUGAUCGAGAGGCGGAGAAUGCAGGCGAAGGAGAGGAAACACCGAAAAGACGCUCGACUUCCCGCAGCAGACCGCAAAGUCAUGCCCUUCUAGGCAGCUUCGAGGAAUCGGCUUUGAACGGCAGACUCGAGCCAGUGUCGACCGUUCACGGUUUCACGGCGGAAUUAGGCGCGAGCGGUUCCUUCUGUCCGAAACAUCGAAAGCUUCCAGUCACUGUGUUCUUCUAUACGCUUGGUGACAAUGAUAAAGUUUCUACGCCCUAUCUCGCACAUAUUAAUUUGGGCAAAAAGGGCUACCAAGUACCAAGAAGCGGUACUAUCCAAGUAACGCUCCUCAAUCCUUUGGGUACAGUCGUUAAAAUGUUCGUAGUACUAUACGAUCUUUCUGAUAUGCCACCACGAUCUCAUACUUUUUUACGUCAGAGAACAUUGCGGGACAAAACACUACGCUACCUCGUACAUCUUAGAUUUAUGUCCGGUAAGUCAGGCCGAAUUUACUUGCACACGGACAUUCGUAUGAUUAUUUGUCGCAAGUCCGAUGUGGACACGGCGUCGGAUUUCGGGUCAGAACCACCAAAGGAAUUACGAAGUUACAUCCAUGGCCCUACCAAUCCGAAAUUUUCGCCAAGGUGCUGAGCCACAUGGCUCUUUCCAUGGGGUUGCUGUCAAUCGCUCCGCUCGCCUAGUCCCCUUUGCGCAGAGAUUUAACCGAGAUUCUAAUUUUUUUUUUUUUUUUUUUUUUUUUUUUUUUUAUAAUUCGGAGACAGAUCUUCCCUUUGGGAUUCGAUAUUAAGGAAAAGUUAUGAAAGUCGAGAGAAGAGGGCAGCAUUUGCAAAAAAGAAUUCUGGAUCCUUUGUGGAAAAGGAAGGGGAAAAAAAACCUUUGUGGAAAUGGUCUUCUCGUGAGGAGGAAAGAAGAUUAGCGGUAGAAAGGAUGGUUAAGUCGAGAGAAAGAUUUUAUAGUGAGAUCAUGCUUCGCAAGAAAAGAAGAAGUGUCAUCAUAUUUUGAGAUGAUUUUCGAGAAAGGGAAAAGGCAAUUUAAGCAAUUUUUCUUGAAGAAAGUUUCGAAAGAAAAGAUUGUUUUUCGCGAAAAAAAUAUUUCAGAGAUGAGUAAGGAGCAAGGCAUACUAAGGGGACUAUUUGAAUAUUUGCCAUUUCAGUACGAAUUGUUUUGCUUAUUGUUUACCUCGAAUUUAUUUUCUUUCUUUUCCGUUUUAUUGAUAAUGUUAUUUUUUUUAACGCGAAAAAACAAAGCGCGCGUUAAAUGUUAAUUUAUGAAGAUCGCCUUUGGUUUUUAACGGUUUCGUUUUAACGGAUCGAAAUUUUUAGUUGAAUUAAAAGUUGAUCGUUUUUUCGUUGAAAUUAAUUUACGCGCUCCAAUCGCGUCUUUGAAUUUUUGGCGAAGAUUGCCGUUUUGAAUUUUUGUCUUUCAUAUUUAUCGCGGUAGGACAUGUUCGUUCUAGUCGCGUUUUUUUUUUUUUUUUCUCGAAUGGAAACGAAUAAUGUUUCCAAUUAUUCGAGUUCGUCGAUUUAGUUAUAAGUUAGUAGACGAUCUCCUUGGAAGGCCAUCUCCUCAAUUUAUUGUUGUAAAUAUAAGUCAUAUGUAAAGUCGAAUAAGAAUUUUUU